CAGCAUUUCCCCGAAUCACACUACUUCCCCGCAUCCGUACUACUCCGGCGGCUCAAUGAGAUUCUGACAAGCUCCAUGCCAGGACACAAGAUAGUGUAGCUCUUUUCAUGUGCUCGUAAUGAGAUAAUCUCUUUGCUCAGAACGUGCUCCGAUUCCCGUCCACGGUCUAGACAUUGCAUUAACAACUGGGCGUUACAUCAAUACGAGCAGACAAACUUGUCCUUUUGAGGUCAAAGAUGUACAGAAUCAUUAAUUGAUUGAGCUCUGAAUUAUUCUUCGGACAUCUGUCUCUGUAUCUCUGGCCUGUGGCAUUAUGUUGUUGGCACCUGAGAUCAGCGUCCUGGGAGAGGACCCUCCCACCGUGCACCGCCUAAACGCUUGUGUGUAUCAACAAUCCGCAAUCACAAGCUUCGGUGGACUCCAAUAUGUCGCUUUCUACUCCAGAGAUGGAUCUUCAAAUGCCAGAUUUGUUACCCUUGCGCGGCGUAAUAUCCAAGAGGCGCCUUCGAACUGGCGUCAAGUGACCUUCACAGACUAUGAACAAACCACAGAUGACGGCCACAACACGAUUUCGAUUGGAAUCUGUCGAGGCGAUGGAACCAUACAUAUUGCAUUCGACCAUCAUUGCGAUGUGCUGAAGUAUCGGGUAUCUCGUCCAGGCUUGGCUACUGAUUUGAACGAAACAGCAUGGAGUACAGAGAGUUUUGGGCCUAUCCGCCAUUCUCUUCCGGGCAGUUUGACAAACGAACCUCUAGUUGACGUUACAUAUCCCCGUUUUCUAUCAACGGAUGAUAAGAUGUUUUUCGAAUGUCGUAUUGGCAAAGCCGGAGCAGGAUCAGAAAUCCUCUAUCUGUACGAUGCUGCAGGACAGUUCAAGUUGAUUGGGAAUUACCUGAUCGGGAGACAAUGCAACCCUUAUCCCAAUGGUAUUUCAUGGCAUCGUCCGACACGUACACUACAUGUAACAUGGACAAAUCGGCACUUUAUCGACUACGAGGGGGCGACCAACCCAGAAUCUACCGCUCACAAGGCGCAAACUGGCCCAAACGGUCCUGAGAAUAACGAAGGGCUCUAUUAUGCUUACAGCUCUGAUUACGGUCGAACGUGGAAGAGCCAUUCGACAAAAGAAGAGGUCGCCACUGUCUCCUCGAAACCAGAUACUGGGAUGGACUCCCGUGACCGCCGGCUUUUGGCGCAAGAGAUUCCCAAGAAUAGCGGUAUCAUGAACCAAGAGGGCCAGAUGGUGUGUCGUGAUGGGGAUAUCCACGUUUUGAAUCGGGAGAACACUAGUGGAGAAGAGCGCUGGAUACAUUACCAUCUCGAUGUUACUCAUGGAUGGAAGUUCUCAGCACUACCUUUUCUCAAGCCGACCGAAUCUGGCCCACGCGGGAAAGUGGUCCAACACACUCAGUCCGAUAGCAUACUUUUCGUCCUUCCCUCCAACACAGAUUCCAAUCUGGUCAUCAUCCGAGCCGCCCGUGGUAAGACACAGAAGUGGUACGAUGAAUACGAUGUCGUCUGGAGGGAGGAAGGGUAUACAGGAGAGCCACUAGUCGAUGAAGAAGCACUGAGUGAGCAUGGAAUAUUAUCCAUCUUCACGACUCGCUCACAAGGAGGAAAGAGGGAAAUUGUAGUGUUGAAUUUCGAUUUGAGCAAACUAGUACUCGCAUAGGGUAACAUGCUACGACGCCAUUCCAUCAUGGAUAAAAUAUGUAAUUAUAUGAUUCAAAUGCUUCCUUACCCAAAAAAGAAAAGCGCCAGUGAUUCUCAGCAUGUCCAUAAGAAUCAUUUUUAUAAACGAUUCAUAUCAUUUUGGUCCCGCUCCCUUCUUCAUAUU